AUGGACUUGGUACCAGCGCCGAACGGGGAGACUCUUGUAAAAACACCCAUGGUCGAAGUGGGCGCCGUGGAUAUCGCGGAACCUGUCGAUCAGGAGACGCUCACCCUGGAGGUCACGUCGGACUUUGAAACCGACAGUGAUGGUUCAGAGGGUGAUGGCGGGGAUUCCGACGAUGAGGGAGUCAUUCGGUUUGUGCGUGAUGACCAGCUGCAGGAAAUUCCCGGUGCUUGCACUUUAGAAGAGGCACUUGCAUAUCGGAAGCGCUUGCAUGAUAUUGGCAAAGCUGCUUUUGUUGAAGAAACUCUUGUGCAUGAAACAGUAACCGCGAAAAAGCUAUGCACGGCUUUUGGUAUCAUGCCUCCGGAGUUUUUGGAGAAUGCUCCAGAUGAAGCCUAUCACCCCUUUCUUGCGCUCGCCAUCUCACGGGAGUUCUCAAAGCGCCCGAAACUUCCUCAGUACAACAGUAUUGAGGAUGCUGUCAAUCUGCUUCAAAAGUCCAAGAACAUUAUUGUUCUGACCGGUGCCGGCAUUUCAACAAGUCUAGGUAUCCCUGACUUCCGCUCAAAGGAUACUGGUUUAUAUUCCAAACUGGCGCAUUUGGGCUUGAGCGAUCCUCAGGAGGUAUUUGACAUCAACAUUUUCCAGGAGGAUCCUAGCAUCUUCUUCUCCAUUGCGAAGGACAUCCUUCCCACCGAGAAGAAAUACUCUCCGACUCAUGGAUUUAUCAAACUUUUGCAAGACCAUGGGAAGCUCUUGACAAACUACACGCAAAACAUCGACAACAUCGAGGCCAACGCAGGUGUUCGUGCAGACAAAAUGGUUCAGUGUCAUGGAUCCUUUGCCAAUGCAACCUGUGUUAAGUGCGGCUUCAAAGUGCCCGGUGACGCAAUCUUUGACCAGAUCAAGGAAGGGGUGAUUCCUGAAUGCAAAAUGUGUCGCCAGAGGAUCGAGGAGGAGUCCCUGAAGUCACAAGGUCUGAAGCGAAAGCGAAGUUCCAAUGGGACCCAGAAGAAUCGCAAAGAAGAAGAUAGCUCGGACGAAGACGACUACGAAAUCCCCACUCCGGGUGUCAUGAAGCCUGACAUUACCUUCUUCGGUGAAGAUCUUCCUGACGAGUUUGGCCAGCGCUUACUUCACCAUGAUCGGGAAUUGGCGGAUCUGGUCAUCGUCAUUGGAACCUCACUCAAGGUAGCUCCUGUUGCUGAAGUGCCUGGAGUUCUACCGCGUAAUGUCCCGCAGAUUUACAUCUCACGCACCCCUGUGUCGCACACUGAUUUUGAUAUCGAUCUUUUGGGUGACUGUGACGUGGUGGUUUCAGAACUCUGUCGUCGAGCUGGUUGGAACCUGCAGCAUCACAUGAUUCCUGCAGAUGAGAAAGUAGAGGUUGCUCCCGUGGAGGGAUAUGAAUCACGACAUGUGUUUAAGGUUGUUGGUGCAUAG